GCGGACAGGAUGCGCCAUUCAGCCUUUUUUCUCAAGCCUGAAGACAAACAAAACCCGCAGCCAUGGUUGAGUGGACCGAGCAGGAGCGCAGCAUCAUCACCAACAUCUUCGCCAACCUGGACUAUGAAGAUGUGGGCUCCAAGGCUCUCAGCAGGUGUCUGAUCGUCUACCCCUGGACUCAGAGGUACUUCGCCAGCUUUGGAAACCUCUACAACGCCGAUGCCAUCAAGACCAACCCGAACAUCGCCGCCCACGGCACCAAGGUUCUGCACGGUCUGGACCGCGCCGUCAAGAACAUGGACAACAUCAAGGCCACCUACGCCGAGCUGAGCGUGCUGCACUCCGAGAAGCUGCACGUGGACCCCGACAACUUCAAGCUGCUGGCCGACUGCUUGACCAUCGUCAUCGCCGCCAAAAUGGGCUCCGCCUUCAGCCCGGAUGUCCAGGCGACCUUCCAGAAGUUCCUGGCCGUGGUGGUGUCCGCCCUGGGAAGGCAGUACCACUAGAGCCCGCAGAGGAGCGGAGAGGAGACUGGAGCUCUGACAUCUGUUCAUGUGUGUUCCCUCCGAUCUGUGAAGAAAUAAAGGCCCGCCAAAGCAAAGCCA